AUGCUUAAAGCAGGUUCAAGACUCGCCGGAAAGGUCGCAAUUGUCACGGGCGGUGGGUCAGGUUAUGGAGCUGGCAUAGCAACGCGUUUCGCGCAAGAAGGCGCGAAAGUUGUCAUCGCAGAUAUCGACGAGGAGGGGAGCCAGCGCAUUGCCUCUGUUCGACCCGACUCUCUCUCAUUCCAUAAGACGAACGUCACCUCUCAAUCUGAUUGGGAGUCGCUGUUCAAGACUGCCGAAUCGCGCUACGGCCCAGUCUCACUUCUAGUGAACAACGCCGGUACCUCGUACAAGAACAAGCCCACAAAUGAAGUCACCCUAAAUGACUUCAACAAGUGCUUUGACGUCAACGUCAAAGGCGUCUUCUUUGGAAGCCAAACAUUCCUCCAGCGCGCACUGACAAAUGGAACCGGUGGCGUAAUGCUGAAUAUUGCCAGUGUCGGCGCGACGAGGCCGAGACCAGGGCUGGUAUGGUAUAAUGCCAGUAAAGGUGCAAUAUGGAACGUAACGAAAGGUCUUGCUGCCGAGUACGGGCCUCAUGGAAUCAGAGUAAAUUCUCUAUGCCCGCUACUGGGAGGAACUGGGCUAUUUGAAGCCUUCUCAGGCAUGCCCGACACGCCUGAGAACAGAGGCAAAUUCAUCAACAAUGUCCCUCUUGGUCGACUGUGCGAAGCAACAGAUGUCGCGAACGCCGCGCUUUUUCUUGCUAGCGAUGAAGCGCAGUUCAUCACCGGUAUAAAUCUUGAGGUAGAUGGAGGCCGAGCAGUGUAG